GUCAGUCUGACCCAUUCCCUCGUCCCGUUCUUGAAGGUCCGAGCUGGCCUGGCCUCCUGACGAUGCUGCUUGCUUCCUUCGAGUACGACGAAGGCACCAGGCCGAGGGUCUGAUGAAAUGAAUCCUCGGCUCAAGAGGAAUGGAAUGAGAGCGUUCCUGUUCGCUCCUCAUUCGGCAGUGGACUCGGUCUCGCCCAUUUCUCACCUGCUUGCGCAGCAAGGUCUGCGGCCACCACUGUAGAAUCCCCGUAGGUUCUGCCUCCCCCUGUUGAUACCAGCAGCUGCUGCUCUUGGGCAGCAUUCUCUCGCCUACUUCAACAUCCAAGUGGGGUUUCAGGCAACAGAGGGAAUGUACAGCGAAAGGGUUUUACAGAAAAUAAUGGCGGCGGUGCGAGGCAUCACAGAAGGAAGGCCGACAGAAACAAAAUCAGUAGAAUCCACGAGCGAAAUGGGUCCAUCUCUGUGAGCGCCUCACAGUCGGUUGGGAGGAUCCCCUUGUUGGCAGCAAGGCAACUCGAGAGAUUUCUUCGAUACGAAUCAGGGAGAAGCUCGAUGGCUCUCUUGAAGCGAACCUCGCCGAGCUCCUUCUCUCCGCUCAAGUACAUCAGCCUGCCCAGCCUUCUGAUAUGGGUGAUGGCGACGUACAUCAUUCUGGAUCUGGGCAUGCACCUGUCCACCUCCGAGGACGGGCAUGUCCACAGCCAGGUGAUCAAGUCUAUCAAGUCGAAAAUCUCGGAGACAGCGGCGGAGGAAGAAGAAAAUGGCAGCGCGGUUAUGGAAGACGGAAGGAAUGCCGAUUGCAACUCGGUUGAAGCUCACAUGGACGUGCAAGAAGACCAACCCAGAAAGCCCGAGGAUCCAUGGAACCAGCUGAAAUGGGGUCUACCGCCAGCAGAGUGUCGAGUCAAGGGCCACCUCAUCGAGCGACUGGAUCCAUUGAACAACUACCGCAGAGGCGUCGCUCUGGGCUUCACCACCGACUUGGACGACAAAACUCAGAUCGAGCAAUGGUUUCUCGGCACCAAAGAGGAUCUCAACAAGGCCAAACGAAGAGUGUUCAUCGACCUGGGCGCCAACGAAUUCACCACCAGCUUUCUGUGGUUCAUGCAGAGGUACCCGUGCGAUUUCACUGAGAUUCACGCCUUCGAGGCGGAUCCGAAUUUGUUCAAGUUCCCUACAGGCUGGGACGAGGAGGCGAAUUGGAUCCAAGAGCCUGGCUGGGGAAAGGUCAAAUCCAGAGCUGGAUUCGUGCCUUCCUGGCUGCUGGAACGCAUCCAUUACUACAACAAGUACGCCGGUGUCGUCGACAAUGUGUCUGCCGUGAACAUCACUCGGUUCAUGAAGGAGGAACUGAAACUGACUCCCGAAGACACUGUGAUUGUGAAGAUGGACAUCGAAGGAGCGGAGUGGAACAUUCUGUACGACUGGGUCAAAGAUCCAGAAAUGCCUCAAAUCAUCGACGAACUCUUCGUGGAGUUGCACUACUGGCAUCCGGACAACAAGUGGGAUUUCAAGCGCUGGGGCAGAGUGGAUGCCACCAGAAUGCUCGCCGAUCUCCGAUUCAGAGGAUUUUACGCCCAUUAUUGGGACUGAUUAAUCAGUCAUCGACCUCAUUGCCAUUUGUUUCUCAGCGCACAUUCAAUUUCAAUUUCGAUCGUUCGGAGUCUGCUCCUGUCAGCUAUAGCUGCUUGGGGAUGGGGUAGGUGAAAGGCGACAGCAAUGAUGUAGGCGGUAGGGCCAGGCAGGACACAGAGGAGGGAGGGAGGGAGACGAGAAAAAUAAGUCUGCCCAGGCGAGCGGCUGCGCUCCAGCACAUCACAGCACGGCCAUGUGCGUAUGUAAGGUCCAGUAAAUUUUUGUAAAGCUCCGGACUGAUGAAGGUCUUGGGAACUCACUCAGCUCAGCCUUCGAGGACUCAGAUUCGGGACCGUGUGCAGUACGUGAUCGAAGUGUGUCUCGUGCGGUAUGUGAGUGACGUCGUCCUCUGCCUGUCCACGAGCUCGGUGAGUACUCGUAACGGCUGCGCAUUGUUAUAUAUUUUUCCUCCUCCUCCACGCGAAGUGCAAUCAGAAACGACAGUGAAGCUGGCCCCUUCCCCUCCCCCCAUUUCAUGUCGUACCACUUCCUUUCGUACCAUUUCGUGUCGUCUCGUGCCACUUUGUCGAUGAUGAUGAUGAUGAUGAUUUGCUGGAAUCCUUCUUCGCAUACGACAACAGCACUGCUCGAGUGCUGAGGGCCCCGUUCGCCAUCGGGUGAGCGACUUCAGCAGCAGUUCUAACUGCAGCCAACAAAUUAUAUGCCCUCGAGGUGAUCUGGGGAAAACGACGGAGACCAGAUCAGGACUCUUGUGGGCAAGAUCUGGGAUCAGAGCCAAUCAUGAGUGGGAUGGGGCUUUGCUGGAGGCUUAGAUAUUUCAACGAGAAUUCGGUUUGGAUGGAGGGGACGAUAGCUCUAAGCUCUGGAUAUGUCAGGAUACAAUUCACACCUUUGGAUAGGACAGAAAGUACUAUGUCCAACUGUUGCAACAAUUGUGGCGAUCCUGUUUGCUUCCAAUAGCACCGCAUUCAGAUAUCCUUUUACUUUCACAUCGGAGGAGGACGCUUUGCGUUGUAUGGCACAAUGUACAUUUUGAUUUUGAUACUGAAAUUUUCUAUCACAAACAGCAAAAAUCCCCUCCAUAAAAUUUGGUCUUUUCAAUUGAUACGGGGUGUAAGUCUGAGGAUGAAGAGCAACAAUUACGUAAGUUUCUCCAGCGAGAAAGUGAAGGAGUAGAAACAUGCUACAAGGUACUUCCAUGUAUAACACACUGUCUCGAAGGUUUACUACUCAUGAACUUCCAACACGCAAGCAUUCAAGAAUGGGAUAAUCAGUUAGACAUAGCUUCUGUGGAUGACACCUGGAAUACACUGCGAUGUACAUAACUUCCAGCCUCAUUCUUUAUGACUCCUUUGCAAAAUAAAGCUGACGAGCUUUGUCGGUUCCUGCAUUAUUUGGCGAGUCACG